AUGUGUGGUAAAGAAAUCAAGAUUUCGAACGAAAAUCCUGGUCAUGAGGCGUCAGUGUUAAAUAAAGCCGUAGUAUGGGCUACAAUAGCUACUGGAAGUACUCAUACUCAUACUUCAGAGUUUUUGAGCAUAAUGGAUAUUCCUGGGCAAUCAAACAGCCUCUUUUACAAAAUUCAGAGGCAACUAAGUGGAGUAUGGCAAGAUUCUUUGAUCAUUGCAAUAGAAGAGGCCGCAGUAGAAGAAAAAGAAAUGGCCAUUGAAAGAGGUGAUAUUGAUGAGAAUGGUGUCCCAUUUAUAACAGUAUUAUUGGAUGGAGGAUGGUCUAAGAGAAGCUAUGGGCAUACCUACAAUGCAUGUUCUGGGGUGGCUGUUGUCAUUGGCAAAAUCAGUGGAAAACUUCUGUUUGUUGGAGUCAGAAACAAAUAUUGUUCCAUUUGUGCAAAGUAUUCUAAUAAAGGAAAAGAUAUUGUAGGACAUGUAUGUUUCAAAAACUGGAGUGGAUCAUCCAGUGCGAUGGAAGCUGAUAUAAUUGUAGAAGCAUUCAACUCGAGUAUAGAUACUCAUGGACUUAAAUAUUCAAAGUUUAUAGCAGAUGGUGAUUCAACUAUUUUUGCAAGAAUCAGAGAAAGGGUUACCUAUGGGUUGGAGUCUGGACUUCACCAUCACGUAUUGGCUUCUAUACAACAAUUAACAACAAAAGCCCAUCUACUAUUGGACAAGGAAACAAAUAAUAGAGCAGAACUUUUCAUGAGCCUUUUAGCUCGAUUUAAUAUGGGGAAAAGACUGAAUCUUAUACAGAGGGAUUCAUUUCAGAUGAGGUCUCAUAUAACGGGAUUGAAAUACAAUUAUGGAUACAGGUGGCAUGAAAAGCCUUGGAAAACAGUUUUUAACAGAAGUCCUGGUAAACAGCUGAAAAAAUUUAUGUCAAACCAGGAAAGAGCGAAUUUAAAAAGAAAAAGUAAUAAUGAAAAUGUUCCAUUGAAAAAAAAAAAAUUGAAAUUCACUGAUGAAAAAACAAAGGAGUAUGGUCCAAAUAUAGCUGAAGUCAAUUUAUCAGAAAACGAACUGAAAAAUGAAAUAGAAAAUUUACGCCUGAGAUUACAGGUAAACUUUGAACAGCAACAAAAAAUCGCUACAGAGACAAUCGGCCAGUUUUCUAAUUCAAAAUAUUUGACAGAAAAAAUGUUUCGACUAACAGCGUCAAAUUUUGGAGCAGUUAUUAAAAGAAAAGAACAUACACCUUGCGAUAAUCUGGUCAAAAGACUAUUGAGCCGUAAGCCAUUUAGCACUCCCAGUACUGCUUAUGGAAAAAACAAUGAAGCAGUUGCUAUAAACAUUUUUUCUGAGAAAACUGGGAAAAAUGUAGAUCCUGCUGGAUUAUAUAUAGAUUUAUUAGAUGGUUUCUUAGCCGCUUCACCUGAUGGAAUAAUAAAUGAUGAUGAGAUUGUUGAAGUUAAAUGCAGUCUGAAGGUGGCAACCUCAGGAAAAACCUUAAGUUCGGCGGUAAGAGAUAAGGAUCUAGUUUACUUAGCCAUGAAUAGUGAAAAUGAUAUAAAAAUAAAGGAAAACCACAAUUAUUAUUAUCAGGUAGGUACUUAUUCAAUAACAUAA